AUGUCCUCCUCGCAACAUGGCUAUGUUAAAGACCUUCUCAUUGAGCCCCGAGCAACGCGCAUGGGUUACAACAGGCUUGGUAGAUCUGGCCUGAAGAUAUCCAAGAUUAUUCUGGGAGCCAUGUCUUAUGGGAGCAAAGAUUGGCUGAAGUGGGUUCUCGAGGAAGACGAAGCUCUGCCCCUCCUCGAACACGCCUUCAGAGCUGGCAUCAACACAUGGGACACUGCUGAUCUUUAUUCGAACGGCGUCUCUGAAGAAAUAAUUGCCAAAGCGCUGGUAGUGUACGACAUCCCCCGAGAACGGGUUGUCAUCAUGACCAAAUGCCGCUUCGCAACCAGUGCCCCCGGCGAGCCUCAGCUCUCUGUCUUUGCUGCUUCUAUCAACGAUGGAGAGAUGGUGAACAGAGCUGGACUGUCGCGCAAGCACAUCUUUGACGCAGUACAAGCUAGUGUCAAGAGGCUGGGCACAUAUAUCGACGUUCUACAGAUUCAGCGUAUGGAUCCAGAUGUGCCUCGUGAGGAAAUCAUGAAAGCAUUGAACGACGUGGUAGAAUUGGGAUUGACACGAUACAUCGGAGCCAGUUCUAUGCCUGCUUGGGAAUUUCAAGCUCUGCAGAAUGUAGCAGAGAAAAAUGGCUGGCAUAAAUUUAUUUCUAUGCAGAACUAUUAUAACCUUCUUUACCGAGAGGAAGAGCGAGAGAUGAUGCCAUACUGCAAAGAUGCAGGAGUCGGAUGUAUUCCCUGGUCUCCCAAUGCACGCGGUGUCCUUGCUCGACCCUGGAAUGGUCUCGAAGAGAACACUUCAUUGAGGACACAGCAUGACCAAACACUCAGUCGGCUCUACGAUAGAGAAAACGAAGCUGACAAGGCAACCGUUAAUAUGGUUGAGCAAGUAGCUAAGGCAAGAGCACUGCCAAUGGCGGUGAUUGCGACAGCAUGGUGUCUGUACAAGGGAGUCAAUCCUAUAGUUGGUCUGAACAGCAAGGAGCGUAUCGAUGAGGCGGUGUUAGCUGCUAGCAUCAAGUUGACGGACGAUGAGGUUGCAAAGCUUGAGUCAGCAUACGAGCCCAAGCCCAUUACAGGAUAUUAG